AUGGGGAACUGCUGCAGAUCUCCGGCAGCCGUUGCGAGGGAGGACGUCAAGUCCUCCAACUACUCCGGCCACGAUCACGGCCGGAAGGAGAAGUCGUCCGGCACCGUCAAGAAAGCCAUCACCGUCUUAACCGACCUGAAGAAGGAGAACAUCGAGGACAGGUACUUAAUCGACCGGGAGCUCGGCCGCGGCGAGUUCGGGGUCACCUACCUCUGCAUUGACCGGGAGACGAGGGAUCUGCUCGCCUGCAAGUCCAUAUCCAAGCGGAAGCUGCGGACGGCGGUGGAUGUGGAGGACGUGCGGCGGGAAGUGGCUAUAAUGAAGCAUUUGCCCACUAAUUCAAGCAUCGUGAGCUUCAGGGAGGCCUGCGAGGACGAGAACGCCGUGCAUUUGGUGAUGGAGCUGUGUGAGGGUGGGGAGCUGUUUGAUAGGAUCGUUGCCAGGGGACACUACACUGAGAGGGCGGCGGCUGGGGUGAUGAGGACGAUUGUGGAGGUGGUGCAGCUCUGCCACAAGCAAGGGGUGAUUCAUCGGGAUUUGAAGCCGGAGAACUUUCUGUUUGCGAACAAGAAGGAGAAUUCGCCUCUCAAGGCCAUUGACUUCGGCUUAUCCAUCUUCUUCAAGCCAGGGGAAAAGUUUUCCGAAAUUGUGGGAAGCCCUUAUUAUAUGGCUCCAGAGGUGCUUAAGCGAAAUUACGGACCAGAAAUAGAUAUUUGGAGUGCUGGUGUGAUUCUCUAUAUCUUGCUAUGUGGAGUUCCUCCAUUCUGGGCAGAAUCUGAACAAGGUGUUGCUCAGGCCAUCAUUCGUGGGAAGAUAGAUUUUGAACGUGAACCAUGGCCUAGUGUAUCAGAAAGUGCCAAGAGCCUUGUAAGACAGAUGCUGGAGCCAGAUCCUAAGCUUCGACUGACAGCGAAGCAAGUUCUUGAACACUCUUGGCUUCAAAAUGCUAAGAAGGCCCCAAAUGUUCCUCUUGGGGAUGUUGUCAAGUCAAGAUUGAAGCAGUUCUCGGUGAUGAAUAGAUUCAAGAGGAAGGCUCUUAGGGUCAUUGCUGAUUUCUUGUCUAAUGAAGAAGUUGAGGGCAUCAGAGAAAUGUUUGCUAAGAUAGACACGGAUAAUGACGGCAUAGUUUCAACUGAAGAACUUAAGGCUGGUAUGCAGAAGUUCAAUUCACAAUUAGCCGAGUCUGAAGUACAGAUGCUCAUUGAAGCUGUAGAUACAAAUGGUAAAGGAACACUGGACUACGGUGAGUUCUUAGCCAUCUCACUACAUCUGCAGAAGAUGGCUAAUGAUGAACAUCUCCAUAAGGCAUUCUCGUAUUUCGACAAGAAUGGGAAUGGUUACAUUGAGCCCAAUGAACUCCAGGACACCUUGGCCGAAGAUGGAGUUGACGAUUCUAAGGGUGUGGCCAAUGAUAUUUUCCAAGAAGUUGACACAGACAAGGAUGGACGAAUUAGCUACGAUGAAUUUGUGGCCAUGAUGAAGACCGGGACCGACUGGAGAAAAGCUUCUCGACACUACUCCAGAGGGAGAUUCAAUAGUUUGAGUAUAAAGUUGAUGAAAGAUGGUUCUAUUAACUUGGGUGAGCAAAAUACACAGUAG